GUCCCGGUUAUGACAAUGGAGCCCGGCUCGCCACAGCCCCGGCCGCGGGCGCUGCGCAUGCGUGGGGUCCCGUCACGGCGCCCCGCCGGGGCCAAGAUGGCGGCAGCGCUGCUGUCGCGGCUGUGCCGGGGCCCCGCCGGGCUCCGGGGCCCCACCUGGCUCUGCGCUGCCCGCCCGCCCCUCGCCGCAGCCCCGCCGCUGUUGCUGUCUCGCCGCCGCCCCUGCGAGCACCCGCGGCCGCGCAGCUUCUCGGCGGCCGAGCUGGUGCGCGCCGCGCCGGGCCCGCUGCAGCCCUACCUGCGGCUCAUGCGGCUGCACCAGCCCGCCGGGACGUGGCUGCUGUACCUGCCAUGCACCUGGAGCAUCGGGCUGGCGGCCGAUCCCGGCUGCCUCCCGGACUGGCACAUGCUGUCCCUGUUCGGCGUGGGGGCCGUGCUCAUGCGGGGCGCCGGCUGCACCAUCAAUGACAUGUGGGAUAGCGACUUUGACAGAAAGGUUGCAAGGACAGCAAGUAGACCCCUGGCAGCUGGAGAUAUCUCCACUUUUCAGUCCUUUGUUUUUCUCGGGGGACAGCUUAGCUUGGCACUCUGUGUGCUUCUGUGUCUGAAUUACUACAGUAUCAUUCUGGGAGCAGCCUCUUUGUCUCUUGUGGUCACCUACCCUCUGAUGAAGAGAAUAACGUAUUGGCCACAGCUGGUUUUGGGACUUACAUUUAAUUGGGGAGCCCUUCUUGGCUGGUCUGCCAUCAAAGGGUCGUGUGAGUGGUCCGUGUGUUUGCCCUUGUACUUGUCUGGAGUCCUGUGGACGCUGGUGUACGAUACCAUUUAUGCACAUCAGGAUAAGAAGGACGACAUCAUGAUCGGUGUGAAAUCAACUGCAUUACAGUUCAAGGAGGAUACAAAACAGUGGCUCAGUGGCUUCAGCCUUGCCAUGCUCCUGAGUUUGUGCGUGGCAGGGAUGAAUUGUAACCAGACGUUCCCGUAUUACUCAGCUGUGGCUGCUGUAGGGGCUCACCUCGCACACCAGAUUUACACUUUGGACAUAGACAAGCCUGAAGACUGUUGGAAGAAAUUUGCUUCAAAUCGUACUGUAGGAAUUCUGCUCUUUACAGGGAUUGUGCUUGGAAAUUUGUGGAAACAAAAGGACUUAAAAAAUGUAGAAGAGCCUUUAGAAAACAGAUAGUUGAAAUUAUUAUAAAUACUGAUAUUUUAGUCCUGCUAAAAUGUAAGUACUGUAAGAAGGAAAAAACUUUUAAUAUAAAUAUAGCUGCUUUAUACUGUUUAUUUAUAAAAGCUGGUGAAAACAUUCUUGUUUCUGAAAUCAUGCAGUUGAGAUUACCCUACAAUGCAAGUUUUGAUUAUCUGUAAAUAACUUCAAUCUCCGCAGAAGCUUCAAUAAGUGAAGCUGCUCUGCUGGUCCUGUGUAGUGUCAAGAGCUUGUGUCAAGCUCUGAAGACCGAAUGCAAGAUUUUAUACAAAACUUAUGUCUCUUAGUGAUGGCACGUGCAAAAAUGCAAAAUUAUUUCAGGAUGUAAAUAAAAUCUGCCUGUACAUGUU